AUGCUAAAGGGAUCACACCACGGCUACGACGUCAACUUCUACGGGAGGAAAUACAACACCGCCUAUGUGACAGAGGACGGCUACAUCGGAUUCGACGCCAACGUGGAUUACGAGCAUUUUAUUUUCAAAGAUGGAGCUCGUGAUAUCAACCUUGAUUUCCCUUUAAUUGCGCCUUAUUAUUUCGACGGAGAACACAUCACAAAUGAGUACCAGGGACAUAUCUACUACAGACGUGUAUUUGCUAAUACAAGCCAGAGCUUUCUCGCUGAGCUACAGUACUACAUGCUGAAUGCUACAGUUGGCACGGCGACCUUCAAACCUGAUGUAGCUCUGGUGGUUACUUGGGAAAACGUUACUGAUAAGUUGCAGGUUGAGAACGGACAAUGUGAUGGAAUUACUAGCAGUCCUUGUAAGAGCGCCACAUUCCAGCUAGUUUUGGUGGCCUGUCCCAUGCAUACAUUUGUUAUCUUCAACUAUCUCUGGCUGGAUAUUCCCCACAAACCGUAUUACCAAGCUGGCAUCAACGGAGGUCAUGGCGUCGGAUGGACUCCGGUGUGUGACGGAUGUAAUACCCAAGAUCUUCCCCGGACAAUCGGAAGUGACGUCAUGGGGAGAUUCAUAUUUAAAGUUUCAAAAGAUACCAUCGAACGAGGCGGAUGCACUAGUAGUAGAAGCGCUAUACAGAUUGUUCCAACAGUCGUCGGAAUGUUAGGGGGUGAGCUCCUGGACAUUUCCGGUCCAUGUCUGGACAAUUCCGUGGUUGUCGUGUGUCGGUUCGGGACUGGCGAGACAGCAGUAACCUCCCAGGGGUUCAGGUUUAACUCCAUGAGGUUGAAGUGCCCGGUGCCGAGACUCACAGAGAGAGGGUCAGUGACGGUGUCCGUGUCUACAAACGGAGCUAACAGCUUUUCGGGACAAGCCGACAUAUACGUCGUGUUACCAGCUGUCGUUGGUAAAAGUUUGUCCCUACCGGACAAUUGGUACGGUGUUAACGCCGACAGUCUCACCAUGAGCUGGGACCCUGCAGCACUGUCAACUGACCCGGGGGUCAAGGUCGACAUCCGACUUGUAGGAUACUCGGAAACAGACACAGAUGUCAGUUGGAAGGUGCUAUCGAAAUUUGCAACAGGGGUCGACAACUCCGGCACAUACACCAUCAACCCAUCUGAUUAUCAGUGUUUUCCAUCUGACUGCGACAUCUACGAGGCCGCCGUCGUUGAGGUUGAACUGCAGAAGGAAUUCGUACGCCUGGCAAACAACAGAACAGUGAUGAAUUCGGGACCUGUCGCCACUGGCUGGUACAUCAACAGCGACAUGACCCGUCGUUAUGGCAACGAUUGGCCCCAGCAACGCUGCAUGCGGUGGUACAACAGUGACCGACUGUCCAUGGACUGGCUUGACCAGCUACUCCAUUGUCCAUGCAACGUGGAUCAAGCCCUGGCGGACUUCGGACGAUUUCAAACCGAUUUGUCCUGCAGCAUGUUCUCUAAAAGUCCAACUAACUGUUAUUAUCAUCGUGCAACUGGUCAACGCAGUGCGGCCCAUUGUGUGCGGUCUGUUCAGCCCUCGUCAGCGGGAGCGGGCAAUCAAUGCUGCUACGACGCAUACGGUCUUCUCAUGAACGCUGCCGACACCUACCAAGGUAGCACCCCUGACCGCAGCCACGACUGGGGCGCCGCCCCCUACAACGAACCCGGCCGUGUACCCUCAUUUUCCCACUGGAUCAAGGAUGUGGUAACUUUUUACUACUGCUGUCUGUGGACCGAGUACAGCCACUGUAAUUACUACAUGGACCAGCGGGCUACCCGCGACUGUAACGGGUACACUCCUCCUAGAGCAGCCAUAGCUUACGGCGACCCACACAUCACGACAUUUGACGGAAAGCUGUACAACUUUGGUGGCAAGGGAGACUACUACCUGGUAAAGUCGGACCAGUUUUCUCUCCAAGGGAAGUUCACCAUGGGGCAACAAACACAUGUUAAUGGCACCUUUAACGCCACGGUGCUGACGUCAGUGGUCAUGUCCGACGCAGUAGCUUCUGGAACCACUGUGGAGAUCCACUUAGCUCCUUCUGGUCUCAACAGUGGCAGGCGUCUCGAUGUCUUUGUCAAUAAAAAACUCAAACUGUUUGAUCAACAAGGCUUGUUUAAACAGGAUUUCGAAGGGGGUGUCACUGUUGUCAACGUUGCUAUUGACCCCGACGACAACCGUCACGACAACUUCACUGUCAUCAUGAAGUCGGGAGUUGGGGUGCAAGUAGCCGUAGCUAACAGACUCCUUCACGUCAUCGUCAACAUGCCGCCUAACUUCAAGAACAAGACCCAAGCGCUAAUGGGGACGUGGAACGGCGUCGUCGGUGACGACUUCACCCUAAGAAAUGGACAAAGUAUCGACAUUUCAUCAUUACCACAGACUGUAUACCAACAGUUUGCCAAGACCUGGAAAUCACCAAGCAUCGAAUCCAUGUUUCAACAUCCCACCGAAGCCGAUGACGCUUUUGUUCCCGUGUAUAACCAGCCCCAGAUACCCAGUAGAUCAAGCUUUUCACGUGCAGACCUUGACCACACGUGUGGCGACAAUGUGGCGUGCCGCUUUGACUACGCCGUCACCGGAAAUAGAGACAUUGCAAAUGCAUCCAAGAUGGCAUCGAGAUGGUUCUCCGAGUUACAGAGCUUUCAGAAACCGGCCUUGUCUUGUGGCCUGCUCGAUGUUGCAUACGCCUCCAAAGACAACUAUAACUACUCAGUGGGAAACACCGUCACUGUCACAGGCUGCCGUAACGGCGGCGACCUCAGCGGCGACACAACCUACGUUUGCUCCGCCGACUUCGGUGACCCCAAAUGGACGCCCUCGGUGUCUGCACAAUGUAGUGGUGCCUCAGACAAAGCCAGUAUCGGACCAAUAAUCGGUAUUGUUGUCGGUGUUGUUAUUGCCGUUGCUGCCGUUGUCAUCAUUGUUGUUGUUAUCGUAAAACGUCGAAAGAACUCGGAUCGUAAGGAAAGCAAAAAAGAAGAACCGGAGGUUGAAGAAGGCCAAAAAGACGCUAUGAUGAGUGACCUGAAGAAGCGGGAGUCGAAUGGUUCCGACAAGAACGAAUAACAUACAUGGGGAGCUCCGAGUGUGACGAACAAAGAAGCAGGAGUGGUUAUUGCUUGAAAACAUUCAAGUAUGUUCUGAAGACAAAAGGACACACACUUAUCCCCACGCCCACAACAGUUUUCAUACAUAGUGUAACAGGGACAUAAGUGAUGGGUGAAAAAAGACGGUCAGGUUUUUGUGUAGUUUUCAUAUAUUUAGAUUUCAUGUCUGAAAGGAGGAUCAUACUUUCAGAUAUAUGUCCAUUCUGGUACUAAUGCAACGUCCAUGGCAACUAGAUGUGGCUGUAUGUAUUUAACCUGAAGAAAGCAAAAGUCUUUAAGAAUAUUUCAUCUAAUUUCUCCUUAGGAUUUGUGGUUAGGUUAUGCCAAUCUUUCAGGAACAUAUGAAUGCACGGGGACGUAACUACUGGUAGCGUGGGUCACCGAAUGUUUUGGGCAUCUUAACGCUGAAUUACCCAUGACCAGGUUUUCAUAAUUAUAUUCCAAUUAGAGAUGAUAGAAAAGAAAUUGCAUUUUCCGCUCGAAAUAUUUUGAGCCCUUAUAAAUUUAGUAAACUUUACUAAAUAGUUUAUGUUUAUCAUUCGAAAUAGUAACAUGUUUGGUAUGGUAAGUACUUCAUGUGUAUCCGAUAACAUGUGUAUGACGUAUCAGAUUAAAACAACAAUGCAUUUCUUACCUAGCCAAGACAUAAAACAAUGUUUCUUUCCUGCCUAGUUUCUUACAUGCUGAACUCGGAGUCUAUCAAAUAUAUAUUAAUACAUCAUCGCAGUGGCUCUGUGACAACUUCCCAGCACUAAUGCCAGUGCCUUCACGUUACAAAUGGUCAUGUGUACAAGUACAUGUUACGUGUGGAUUAUGCGCGAUGUGAGAGGGGAUGAACGUUCACUGUGUGUCAAGUAGCUUAUAGGAUUUAAUUGUAAUUCUUUGCCGUUGAAGUGGAAAAUAUAUUAGGAUUGCCAUAGCGUUGAAGAAGGAUCACACGUGCAAUGUGUUGAGAGGAGAGACUGUAAAUUGCUUGCAUAAUAGAAGUACUGCUUGUAGAUAGAUAAGGGAACGUUCAUAAUUUAUGGCUAGGGGAAGGGGGGGCUGAUGAUGAUGAUUUUUAUAGAGAAGCAUGUACAAUGUAAAUGACCCACCUUAAAGUACACGUACAAAAUAAGUGAUCCCCCUUCCCAUAAUUUCUAAGCAUAAUUUUAAACAUAAUUUUAUAUACAAAAUUGCUGACCACCCUAGUGAUGUGUACACAAUUGAUGACCCCCUAGCUCCCCAGAACAAAAUGGGUGCCCCCUAAGUCAUCAUCAUCACCCCCACCCCCACCUUCCAUAGCCAUAAAUUAUGAACGGUCCCCAAAUACAUGUCCUUGCAAUCACGGUAUUGUAAACACGGAGCUGGACAUGACAGUUUGCAUUGUAUUAAUAUGUACACGAUACAUCCACGUUUUUCAAAUGAUUAUUGUAGUUAGUACAGGUCCUCUAUACAUAUUGCUUUUUAAAUCUAUGGAUAACAUAUUGUAUGAAACGUUUUUCCUGUAAAUGACUUUACAUGAACGAGAAUUUAAAUAUCUUUGAUAAAUUUAGUUGUAUUCAUUUUAUCAUACAUGUAGCUUUAGAAUGGAACGUGUUCUUAGUAAUUUCAGCAAUGUCCUUGGAGUUUGUUUGCAAGGCGUGGAGUUCGCGAUUCUAUUUGUAUCACCAUGGUUACACGUCACAACUCUUUUUGGCCUACUUUGAGCUCAAGUUUAUAUAACAUAUCAGAUUCAUUAUCAUUUACUCUGUCAGUUUCAUAUCAUAUUUGUACUCUCCAUAUGUCAUGUAACAUCACAUUUCCCAUGUAAUAUAUGAUACCUUUAUAUACCUUUUUUACAAAAAAAGUGUGUACGUUUGCACAUCAGAUUUAGACAUAGAGUAGGCUUUGUGUAAUUCGACACUGGUCUGGAUUGGGGAAAUGUCGGAUAAAACAGAUGUCACAUUAGAGAGAGUCUUAACCCUCGUGUGGCAGCAAGCAUGACAUGAACGUUUUUAUAUGAUAAUGUUAGGGACUGUGCCUGGACCAAAACGUAGAUAGUCAACUGAGCUUUUUUAAUCUUUAUGCAGUUUUUACAAUAAAAAAAAAGUGAAAUCUAGCAUCAUUUGUCCGAUUCUUACGAAUACUCAUUCAAGAAUCUAGCAUAUUGUAAACAUUAUAAACAUACUUUUGGUUUUUCUGAAUAUUAAAUGUCAGCGCUGGAGAAGAAUCAGAUUAUCCGACAAAGUAGAUUCCAUUGGUCGUAAAAGGCAAAAUGGAUGUGAAAGGGAUAUGAAUGGAUCAGUGAUGACACCAGGUAUUUGCAAAAAAACCCGGUGAACAUGUCCUAGGGAUUAGCAUAGUCAGGUAGAUGUCUUGCUUUGAAAUAUUCAAAA